AUGGCAUCACCAUCACCUCCAACGUCAACUUUUCGAAAUAUCCAAGAAAAGGCGACAGCAUAUAUUCAUGAAGCUGACUUCUGGCUCAAUGAGGCAGAGAAUCGCAAUUCAACCCUCGCUGUCACCGAUUGGCGUAAUCUUUGUUUGAGGCCCCCUAUAUUUUUUCUCAACUCUGCGCCUCCUACCCUCUACUUCCAGACUCCCUUCAACGAGCUCGCUCCUCGUAAGAAGGUUGUAUACGUAUGGAUUUGUUGUCAGUGCGGCCACGGCGGAAUGAAGAUAACAGUCGAUCCUUGUCCAUACUGUGGAGUUCCAAGGUGUGCCAACUGUGAUACAAGACGCUUCAAUAGCAGAUUAAACACAUCUAAUCCUUAUCCCGAAUCUGAGGACCUGUCUUGCCGACUUCCCUUAUCUACAUUAACAUAUUUAUCUCGCCAACCGAACUAUACGCCCCCUGAGAUCAUCCUUCAAGGAGCUGAUACAAAACUGAACCUCGGGUUAUUUCUGCCAGUACGUACGAUUUUGGUUGGAGAUCUGGCCAGAGAAGGAGAGGAAGGAGAGGAAGAGAAGACAUGA